ACGGGAACCAACAACACCCAGCAAGGGAGGAAACGAACCCCUCCACCAACGAAACCACGUGGAACCUUCCAUUGGAACAUUCCCUCGUCCCUCGGCUACUUAGGGGUAGAACUACCUGCUCAUUACACUGUGUCCAUAUCCAGAGAAUUCAGUUGGGUCAUUGCCGUCGCUGAUUCCACCGAAGCCCGUCCGCCCCUAGAGGCAACUUUCAACAAACCCGCCGACGAUCCAAGAUGGCCGGGAAAUCGAGAUUCACCAAGCUCGACGCUUUUACAAAAACAGUCGAAGAUGCCAGGAUCAGGACAACAUCCGGAGGCAUCGUCACCAUUGUCUCCCUGCUUGUUGUCUUGUUCCUCUCGUGGGGAGAAUGGAGAGACUACAGGAAGGUGGUGAUACACCCCGAGUUGGUGGUUGACAAGGGACGAGGCGAACGAAUGGAAAUCCAUCUCAACAUCACCUUCCCCAAAGUACCCUGCGAACUCUUGACCCUCGACGUAAUGGACGUAUCCGGCGAGCAACAACACGGCGUCCAGCACGGCGUCAAGAAGAUCAGACUUAGGCCCCAAAGCGAAGGAGGAGGCGAGAUUGACGCCAAGAUUCUUUCUCUCCACGCCGCCGACGAAUCCGCCACCCACCUCGAUCCCUCCUACUGCGGUCCCUGCUACGGCGCCCCGGCCCCUUACAACGCCAAAAAGCCCGGCUGCUGCUCCACCUGCGAAGAAGUGCGCGAAGCCUACGCCCAAGCCUCAUGGGCCUUUGGCGACGGCGCCACCAUGGAGCAAUGCCAGCGGGAGCACUACACGGAGCGGCUGGCCGAGCAGCGCCACGAAGGCUGCCGCAUCGAAGGCGGCCUGCGCGUCAACAAGGUGAUUGGCAACUUCCACAUUGCGCCCGGCCGGUCCUUCUCCAACGGCAACAUGCACGUCCACGACCUGGCGCAGUGGUGGAGCACGCCCGUCCCCGGCGGCCACUCCUUCAGCCACAUCAUUCACUCGUUGCGAUUCGGUCCCCAGCUGCCUGACGACUUGGUUCGCAAGUUGGGUGGUAAUGGGAAGAACACGCUGUGGACGAACCACCAUUUGAAUCCCCUGGACAACACCAAGCAGGAGACGGACGAUCCAAACUACAACUUCAUGUACUUUGUCAAGAUCGUGCCGACCUCUUACUUGCCCUUGGGGUGGGAGAAGCAGGCGGCGCAGAACAAGGCGACUUGGGAGCAGGACCACAGUGUUGGACUGGGCGCGUAUGGGUACGGAUCAGAUGGAAGCAUGGAGACGCAUCAGUAUAGCGUUACCAGCCAUAAGCGCAGCUUGACAGGAGGUGAUGAUUCGAAGGAGGGUCAUGGUGAGCGGUUGCACAGUAGGGGAGGUAUUCCGGGCGUGUUUUUCUCCUACGACAUCUCCCCCAUGAAGGUGGUCAACCGCGAAGAGCGCGCCAAGUCCUUCCUUGGCUUCUUGGCUGGUCUUUGCGCGGUCGUGGGUGGUACCUUGACCGUUGCGGCGGCGGUAGACAGAGGCUUGUUUGAGGGCACGGUGAGGUUGAAGAAGCUGAGGAGCAAGGAUAACUAAACACAUGGAUAUCUGCUGGUCAAGGGAGGUGAAAAAGCAGAGGUAGGUAUAGAUUGAUGGGUUGGUUGUGUCUACAGGCGGGAGAAGUUGCAAAUAUUUCCUUUUUUUUGAGAUUUAUUGAAGUUUAUCUGAAUCUACUUAGGUACAUACAGCAGAAUUGUUCACGGUG